GGCUUUACAUAGUUUAUUUUAGCAGCCCUCAAUAUAAAUUCAUAGCCACCUACCCCCCUCCCCACACUCACCAGUUAGCCCCCAGCCCCUCCCAUUGGUUAUCAGAUUAUGUAGGAGGGUACUGGCCAGGGUGUGCUUUCUGCAGCAUAGGAAAAGAGUCUGAGGGGUACAGAGCUAGAUUUCUUCACUCCGGUCUCUCCCUGUCUCAUUCUGCCGAACCUAACGCCAGCUUUGUCAUGUCUCGUCCUCUCACUGACCAAGAGAAGCGGAAACAGAUCAGCGUACGAGGUUUAGCCGGAGCAGAAAAUGUGACCGAACUGAAGAAGAAUUUUAACCGUCACCUUCACUUCACUCUUGUCAAGGAUCGCAACGUGUCCACUCCUCGUGAUUACUACUUUGCGCUUGCACACACCGUUAGAGAUCACCUGGUGGGACGUUGGAUCCGCACUCAACAACAUUAUUAUGAGCAUGACCCAAAGAGAAUAUAUUAUCUCUCCCUUGAGUUCUACAUGGGUCGUACACUGCAGAACACCAUGGUGAAUCUGGCUCUGGAAAACGCCUGCGACGAAGCAGCGUACCAGCUUGGGUUGGAUAUGGAAGAUCUGGAAGAGAUUGAAGAAGAUGCUGGACUGGGAAACGGUGGACUGGGGAGACUGGCAGCUUGUUUCCUGGAUUCUAUGGCGACACUUGGGCUGGCAGCUUACGGUUAUGGAAUUCGAUAUGAGUUUGGAAUUUUCAACCAAAAGAUAUCCAAUGGUUGGCAGGUAGAGGAGGCUGAUGAUUGGCUGAGGUACGGCAAUCCCUGGGAAAAGGCGCGACCUGAAUACACGUUACCUGUUCAGUUUUAUGGGCGGGUUCAACACACCCCACAUGGAGCAGAGUGGGUGGAUACUCAGACCGUCCUUGCCCUCCCUUACGACACGCCUGUACCAGGAUAUAGAAAUAACACAGUUAACACCAUGCGUCUCUGGUCUGCAAAGGCCCCCAACGACUUCAAUUUGAAAGACUUUAAUGUUGGUGGUUACAUCCAGGCUGUGUUGGACAGAAACCUUGCUGAGAACAUUUCCCGUGUGCUGUAUCCCAAUGACAAUUUCUUUGAAGGUAAAGAGCUCCGUCUGAAGCAGGAGUACUUUGUUGUUGCAGCCACUCUUCAGGACAUUGUCAGACGCUACAAGUCCUCUAAGUUUGGGAGUCGGGACGCAGUCCGCACAUCAUUUGAUGCUUUCCCAGAGAAGGUUGCGAUUCAGCUGAACGACACGCACCCUUCACUCGCUAUUCCUGAACUAAUGAGAGUGUUUCUUGAUUUAGAGAAAUUGGAGUGGGAAAAGGCAUGGGAUAUCACAGUGCGCACCUGUGCUUACACCAAUCACACCGUAUUACCCGAAGCCUUAGAACGCUGGCCGGUCCAUCUGCUAGAAAAUCUGCUCCCAAGGCAUCUGGAUAUCAUCUAUGAAAUCAACCAAAGGCAUCUCCAGAAUGUGUCAGCCAGGUUCCCUGGGGACGUAGAGCGCAUGCGCAGGAUGUCACUGGUUGAGGAGGGUUCUGUAAAGCGCAUCAAUAUGGCUCACCUGUGCAUUGUGGGAUCACACGCUGUCAACGGAGUCGCUCAGAUCCACUCUGAUAUCAUAAGGGAUACAGUUUUCCAUGAUUUUUAUGAGAUGGACCCUCACAAAUUUCAGAACAAAACAAAUGGUAUUACCCCACGUCGUUGGUUAGUUCUUUGUAACCCAGGACUGGCUGAAGUCAUAGCAGAGCGUAUUGGUGAAGACUACAUUACACAUUUGGACCAUCUAAAGAAGCUUUUGAACUUUGUGAACGAUGAAGCAUUUAUAAGAGAUGUUGCUAAAGUCAAGCAGGAGAACAAGCUGAAGUUUGCUCGAUACCUAGAGAAUGAAUACAAAGUGAAGAUCAAUCCAAAUUCUAUGUUUGACGUCCAUGUGAAGAGAAUUCAUGAGUACAAGAGGCAACUACUCAACUGUCUACACGUGAUCACCUUGUACAACCGUAUAAAGAAAGAUCCAAACAAACAGUAUGUGCCACGUACCGUGAUGAUUGGUGGAAAGGCAGCUCCUGGUUACCAUGUUGCCAAAAUGAUCAUCAAACUUAUCACAUCAGUGGGAGAUGUAAUAAACAAUGACCCGGUGGUGGGAGACCGACUCAAGUUCAUCUUCUUGGAAAACUACAGAGUGUCUCUGGCAGAAAAAGUGGUCCCUGCAGCUGACCUCUCAGAACAGAUCUCCACAGCUGGCACAGAGGCAUCUGGCACCGGGAACAUGAAGUUUAUGUUGAAUGGAGCCCUGACAAUUGGCACUAUGGAUGGGGCAAACGUUGAGAUGGCUGAAGAAGCUGGUGAGGACAAUCUGUUCAUCUUUGGCAUGAGGGUACCUGAUGUAGAGCGACUAGACCGGGAGGGGUACAACGCUCGCCUGUACUACGAGAGAAUCCCAGAGCUCAGACAAGUCAUCGAUCAGCUUAACUCAGGAUAUUUCUCACCCAAACAACCCGACCUCUUCAAGGACAUUGUCAAUUUGCUGAUGAACCACGACAGGUUUAAAGUGUUUGCAGAUUAUGAAGAUUAUAUCAGAAGCCAGGACGCUGUCAGUGCUCUGUACAAGAACCCUAAAGAAUGGACUAAAAAGGUGAUCCAUAACAUUGCUGGUUCUGGGAAGUUCUCCAGUGACAGGACAAUCGCUCAAUACGCACGUGAAAUCUGGGGUGUAGAGCCCAGCAGUUUGAUAAUCCCACCCCCUGAUGUCUCUAGAGAGUGACUCCUUUAUCCCUUGCCAGUGGAUCACCUUCAGAACCAUCCGCCCUUGCCUCCUCCGCGACGCAAUUCAAGGGUCAUGGGUUGUGGAGCAUCCAAACGCCACUCAUAUACGUGUCCCAAUAACAUUUGCCUAUUUGAACCUCUUCACGCCAGAAUUACACCUAUCCCACCACCGCGGAAGCACAAGUUGCUUUCCCUCCACAAGUCAACAGAAGGUCCCCUCUUGCCCUCAUACAAUUUGAUCCCACUUCCACCACCCCGCAGGAAGAGUUUCUCUCAUUCACUCGUCCGCUAGGGUCAGAGGAACACAAUACUCAUACCCGGCCCUCAAAUAUGUCCACUCCCUGUACCCAAACUUGUGCCACAUAUUUGGCUUUGUAAGAAUGGAAGGUUUGUAUAAUGAUGCUGAGUAUCUACCUAUACUUCCAGGCUAAAUAGUGUCUAUGAUCAAUGCCUUGGGAAGUCUCCCUCAAAGUGACUUAUUGUAUUUAAUAAAAGCACAAGAUAAGUAACAA